AUCAGGUGAAGGUGCAUGCGGAUUCAUGUCAAAGUCUGCGGCAGUUUUGUUUAUGGGGAAAGGAAAAGGAAAGUAAACAGAUGCUUGUUCUCUUCGAGCAGAACACAGAUUUCAGGAUGUACCCAAGGUCUUGUGACACAUUUGUAGCCUUGCCGCCGUCCACUGAGGGUCAGCGGAUAAUCUUCGGGAAGAACUCGGACAGACCCUGCGAUGAGGUUCAGGAGGUGGUCUACUUCCCUGCAAAGGAACAUGAACCAGGAAAAGUUGAGUGCACGUAUAUAGAAAUCGAGCAGGUGGAAAAGACGUUUGCAGUGGUGCUGAGUCGCCCCGCCUGGCUGUGGGGGGCAGAGAUGGGGGCAAAUGAGCAUCAGGUGUGCAUUGGGAACGAGGCAGUGUGGGGCAGAGAGAGCGCGGAUGGUGACGAGGCACUUCUGGGCAUGGAUCUUGUCCGGCUGGCUCUGGAGCGGGCCGACACGGCGGAGAAAGCUGUGGACGUCAUCACAGAUCUGCUGGAGAAAUACGGCCAGGGAGGAAACUGCAUGGAGGACGAGUGUGGAUUCACGUACCACAACAGCUUCCUCAUAUCAGACCGCAAAGAAGCCUGGGUGCUGGAGACUGCUGGGAAACACUGGGCUGCGGAGAGAGUGGAGGCCGGCUACAGGAACAUCUCCAAUCAGUACUCCAUUACUACUAAGAUUGACAAGGAGCACCCGGGGAUGAGGACGUACGCGAAAGAGCAGGGCUGGUGGGACGGAGAGAGCGAGUUCAGCUUUACUGAUGUUUACUCGUACUCCAGCACCGCCCGCAUCCAGGCGGCAGGCGGAAGAUACUGUGAGGGACAGAAACUGCUGCAAAAGAGCAACGGCCACAUCUCUGCACAGACGAUGAUGGAUAUUUUGCGGGAUAAGGAGAGCGGGAUCAACAUGGAGGGGAUGUUCAUGAGCACAGGCAGUAUGGUGUCUGUCAUCCCCAAAGCUGAUCAUUUACCCGGAGUCCACUUCUUCACCGCCACUCCAGACCCCGAACGGUCUGUGUUUAAGCCGUUUGUGUUUGUGUCUGACGUGCCGCCGCUGAAACACACCAGUUCUCCAUGUUUCGGGGAGGAGGAUCCAGUGAAGAAGAAGCCCCGUUUCCAGAGCAAACCCAACCGCAAACACCCGCUGUUCCUGAAGCACGAGGUGGCGGCGGCCAUCAUCGACAGCUCUGGGGAGAGAGGACAGAAGAUAGAGAAGGAGAUGAGAGAUCUGGAGAAGCAGAAGCUGGAGGAGAUGGAGAAAUAUCUGACUGAGGGCGUGGAAGACUCUUCCCUGCUGGUUCAUCUCUUCACAGACACCGUAGAGGAGGAGUUCAGUGUUUACAGCAGCGCAUGACUAUAUAUUCACACGCAUGGCCACCAUAUAAACACUAAUAACACACAUUUACAGUUUGGAAUUAUGCCAUUAAAAUAGGUGACUCACAAGUGUUACGAACAGAAUCUUAUAUUGUGUGAGAUUUAUCUUGUUUGCAUGUUUGUAAAGUUAAUAAUUUCAGAGUUGUUUGUAAAUGUAAUUAAGGUAACACUUUAGUUUGUUACUUUAGUUUGGUUUAUUACCUGUAAAUUAUUAUGAUAUUGGCUGAUUAUUAGCACUUAUAAAGUAUGAUCUUAUUCUACAUCCCUAGUGCCGGUUUGUAAUUUAUUGAGCUAAAAGUCAUAGUGAGAACUGUACCUUAAACUAAAGCACGACUAAUGAAUAAUUACAUCAUUAA